AUGAGUAGCAUUAGCAAGUUGGGGGCAAUGCAACAACUGAUGAGAAGUGGAAAAACCAUGCCUGCAAAUGCAAUUUCUGAUGACAGCAUUUUGGUGAAGAAAAUAGUUUCAGAGCAUAAUCCUGAGGGAAUAGAAUAUGAAGUCAAGCCACUUCUCCAUAUUGUUGAGGACAUUCUUAAACGUUCCACCUUUGUCUCUGAAGGCGCUCCAACGGGUGCUCUUGCACAUGUUGACCAUGUCGAAGACAGAAAUCACUUUCCUGCCCACUCAAGCAUGUUGGAGGCUCUGUCUGUAAAGAUUGAUCGCAUUUCCUGUGAGAUUUCGUACAAGACUCUUAGUGGUGUAGAUGCACACUCCACAUCAGUUGCAAUAUUUGACAUGCUUACAAUCUACCAGUGGGAUGUGAAGUUGGUGCUGGCUUUAGCUUCUUUUGCUCUGACCUACGGUGAAUUCUGGCUGCUUGCCAAUAUUCACGAUACAAACCAACUCGCCAAAUCAAUGGCAAUUUUGAAGCAAUUGCCUGGUAUCAUGGAGCAUGUGAGCUCGCUGAAACCACGGUUUGAUACCCUUAAUGAUCUGAUUAGUGUGAUAUUAGAUGUGACCAGGUGCGUUGUAGAGUUCAAUGAUCUGCCAACUAAAUACAUCACACAAGACAUAUCAGCCUAUACCACUGCCUAUAAUCAUAUCCCUAUUGCUGCUUACUGGUGUGUUAGAAGUAUUGUGGCUUGCGCUGCUCAGAUCACUAGCCUCACUACACUUGGUUAUGAGAUCUUCACGUCCACUGAUGCAUGGGAGCUUUCCACGUUGGCUUUCAAGCUCAGAAACAUAGUAGAUCAUCUCAGGAAACUACUGGGAAGCUGCCACAAACACAUUGAGAAAAGGAUGGAUGUUGAAGCUUACGAUAUGCUACGUGAUUUAUUUUCGAGAGCCCACGUUGACAACAUGAAGGUUCUCAAGGCUCUGAUUUAUGCACAGGAAGAUAUUCUGCCUCUAUAUGAUGGUGUUUCCAAGAAAAGGGCUAGCCUGGAGCCGCUGAGAAGGAAGAAUGUUUUACUUCUAUUUUCAGGCCUGGAGUUCUCCACUGAUGAGUUUCUGAUUCUUGAACAAAUCUACAAUGAAUCAAAAGUUCAUACACCAAGAAUGGAGAGUAGAUAUGAGUUAGUUUGGAUCCCAAUUGUGGAUCCAAACUCUGAAUGGACAGCACAAAAGGAAAGUCAGUUUGAGGGCCUGCGAGUGACCUCGCCAUGGUACUCUGUGCAUCAUCCUUCAUUGAUAAGCAAGGCUGUCAUCUGGUUUGUCCAGAGUGAAUGGAAGUACAAGAAUAAGCCUAUUAUUGUGGUUUUGGACCCUCAAGGGAGGGUUUCUUGCCCUAAUGCUAUUCACAUGAUGUGGAUUUGGGGAAGCGCUGCCUUUCCGUUUACAAGUGCUAGAGAAGAAGCUCUGUGGAAGGAAGAGACCUGGAGACUUGAAUUGUUAGUGAAUGGCAUUGACUCAGAAAUAUUGAACUGGAUCAAGGAAGGAAAGUACAUUUUCCUAUACGGCGGCGACGACGCCGAAUGGGUGAAAAAAUUCGUGAAAGAAGCCCGGAGAGUAGCACAGGCAACCCAAAUCCCCUUAGAAAUGGUCUACGUCGGAAAAAGCAACAAACGGGAACAAGUCCAGAAGGUGAUCGAAACCAUCGCCCGCGAGAAGCUCAACACACACUGCUGGUCAGAACAAAGCAUGAUCUGGUUCUUCUGGACCCGUCUCCAAAGCAUGCUGUUCUCCAAGAUCCAGCUGAAGCAAUCAGACACAACGCAACACGACCACGUGAUGCAGGAGAUCAAGAAGCUUCUCAGCUACGACAAGCUCGGAGGGUGGAUCGUGCUGGCGAGAGGGUCGCAGAUUGUGGUGAACGGGCACGCGUCUACGGGGUUGCAGACGCUGGUGGAGUAUGACUUGAUGUGGAAGGAUCCGGCGGAGAAGGAGGGGUUUGAGGCGGCGUUUAAGGACCAUUAUGGGAAGCUGCACACGGUGGCGAACCCGUGUUGUAGAUUUGAAUUCUCGCAUUCGAUGGGGAGGAUACCGGAGAGGCUCACGUGCCCGGAGUGCCACCGCCAUAUGCAUGUGUUGACGACGUUUCAGUGCUGCCAUGAUGAGGAUAUUGAGCAGGAUUUUUUUGUUAGCAGUGUUGCUCCUCCUACUUCCACCAUUUGAGUUGGGUUGCUCCUUUUCUAUGCUGCUGCUUCCACCCUGCAAUUGUGUUUUUCUUAUCAUAAUAAAAUGUUGAAGAGGUUGGUUGAAUUAUCAUGUAACUUGUUUUUCUGUAUUUGGCUCUUGUCUAUGAAAGCUAUUGGCAUUAAGAUUGUGGAUA